CGAAGUGAAAAGCAGAACCCAAAUUUGACAGUCUCCAUUGUAAUUGGAAUUAACGGUAGGGGCGGGGCUAAACACCCUAGGAUAUCGGCCAAUCAGCGUUUAGGGUUGUCAGUGAGACCGGGAAGGAGAAAAGGGAGAAAUGGUUCUGUAGUCACAUGCCGCGGGGUCUAGUGGGAGGAGCAGUUGCCCAGCCGCUGCCUGGCGCUUCCUGUUUCCGGUUCCCGGAGUAGGGCACAGCAAGGCGCCUGGGGAAACGCUGGCCCCUGACACGAUCUCUGGGACCGGGGUCUGUGGCUGGCCCCUUGCUAGCCCGGUCUCCCAUUCUCAGAAAGCUAUUCGCCAGGGGGUUCUGAGCUUUGGCCACGCCAUUUGCCCGUGACACGAUGUUCCCUUUCUGUAGCUGGAGGACUAGAUUGCUACUGCUGUUGUUCCUGGCUGUGGCAGUGAGAGAAUCCUGGCAGACAGAAGAAAAAACUUGUGACCUGGUAGGAGACAAGGAAAAAGAGUCAAAGAGUGAGUUGGCUCUGUUGCAGAGGCUAACUCCACUGUUUAACAAAAGCUUUGAGAGCACCGUGGGCCAGGGCUCAGACACAUAUAUCUACAUAUUCAGGGUAUGCCGGGAAGCUGGCAACCACACCUCUGGAGCAGGCCUGGUACAGAUCAACAAAAGUAAUGGAAAAGAGACAGUAGUAGGGAGACUCAAUCAGACACACAUCUUCAAUGGAAGUAAGAUUUUCCCUUUGGCUUCCCAAGUUGGAAGUACAGACUCAUACCACCAUGUUCAGUUUUGGUCUUUAAGUACACGUCUUUUCUACAGAUUUGCAUCACUGGUUGCUGUCUAUGUCAUUGGAGGUUUCUUAUACCAGCGACUAGUGGUGGGAGCCAAGGGAAUGGAGCAGUUUCCCCACUUAGCCUUCUGGCAAGAUCUUGGCAACCUGGUAGCAGAUGGUUGUGACUUUGUGUGUCGUUCUAAACCCCGCAAUGUGCCUGCUGCAUAUCGUGGUGUGGGGGAUGACCAGCUGGGAGAGGAGUCAGAAGAAAGGGAUGAUCAUUUAUUACCAAUGUGAUUGCACUUUAAAUGUCCAGCCUCUUUAGUCCCCCAAACCAAAGCAUACUCAGCCAGAUUUCUCAAGCAGUCUCUACUCCAUUCUUGCUCUUAUAUCAUUCCUGCUUUCCAGUUUGAUGUUGAUUUGCAUCCUCUUCUCACUAGAACUUCCUUCCCUUUGUUCCCUAUCUUGUUUUUCUUUUAGAGAGGUGUUAAUUUUAAGAGAUGAGACCUGUGAAAACAGAGGUGCUACACUCUCUUGCUAUCAGAGUGUACAGGUAGGACAGUUAAAGUGGGCAAAAGGGUCACUGGACCUUUCUUUUUUAAUGCAUUUUCACAAAUUUUUGACACUGGAUUUCUUUAAUUAAAGAAAAAGCAAAGAAGCAUUAUUUAUACAGGUUUGAUUGCUUUCAUGCUAUAACUCUAUCCUACGAUAGUCUCCAUGAGAAUCUGGAUGAUAUUUCUUGCUGCUUGGAUCUGCUUUGUAGUGAUUACUUGGUUGCAAUCCAAGUAUUCCCAUUUGGUCUAAGCCAAAUGUUCUAGAUUUGAUCUCCCACAUCUGGGAUUAGACAGGAAAAUGUGAAAUUUCCUAAUUACAGGAUUAUAAGGUACCAUCACACCAUUGUCAUUGGGAAUGAUGUAGCUGGAAUUGGGCUGGGCUUGGAUUGUGGUCUUGUGGUUAUCAAUCCAUGUGUGGCCAAAAUGCCUAAUCCAGCAAUCUAGUCCAUUGGAAAGACGAGUUGAAUCAGCAAAUAUGUUUACCUUAUUGCUUGGAUCUCCAUGACAGCUUUUUUCUGUUAUAGUAAAAGCUGGAAAAGCUGUUCUUGUUUCCCUCUACCAGUAUUGUAAACAUAUGUUGCACUUUUUUUUCACAGGCAUAUUGGUUUUGAAUACCACCCCCCCCCGCCUCCCCCCCCCCAAAAAAAAAUCUUCUGGAAAGGGAAUGGAAGCAGAAGUGGAACAUUGAGGGUUCUAAGGUCCUCUGCUCUGGGUGUGGAAUGCUGCUGCACCUGUCCCUUCUGCUGGCUCAGGGAAGUGUCUUCUUGCCCACAUUUCUGUGGGGAAAGGUUUUUAAUCCUCUCAUGCUUCUAUCUUUCUAUUUAGGCCAUGUGCCCAGAAUCCCAGGCUGAUAUUUAGUGAACCCCUGGGCCACUAAGAGUAACAUGGCUCCACUGGACACGAAAGAGGGGUAGAAUCAAUAGGCAGGGGGCCUUUUAUAAACCUUUAGAGAAGAAAAUGAAACUAUUUCAUCUUUGGACUUUAAUACUAUUGGAAUGUUUUUGUUUUUCUUCUUUCUAAACAGGGAAAAUAAUGUUAAAAAAGCAUCUCCUUUGUCAUUAUUUGUUUGCAUCCUUCCCCCAUACCCUGGUGUUUUAAAUGAAAAAUAAUACACCACUUUUGUACAAAAACACUUAAUGAUUAAAAAACAAACAAAA